AUGGACCCGAAUACAGCGGCGACGACGGCGGCGGUGGUGGGUGGGAGUAUGCUGAGAGAGGUGGAAGAGACGAGUCUGGAUGAGGUUCUAUCUACCCUUCGUCAUAAUCUCAUCUCUCUCAUAACGCCAGCUACGGCCAUCAACUCCACGGCGACUCAGCGCGGAAUCACUACAACUGGCACUACAACUCUUCAACCCAAGCGGACUUCGAUAGCCCAGCUUGACGGUCUUAUAGAGCGGCACUUUCGCGACACGCGCUCAACGCAGGUGUCCAUCGCCGGCCGCGCCCUGCCGCUCAUUUACGCACUUGUCUCCCGCCUAGUGACCGAUAGGGGCAGCGUCGAUGACAUUCGCAACGCCGCAGACACGGCUGAGCGGACGAAUUCGGUGCGGAGUCGCGGAAAGACGGUGCUUGUCGUAGACCUCGAGGCGCGAUUUGACGCAACGAGGCUCCGCUGCCCGGAGGCGGACCUCCGUCACGUGUACGUCUUUCGCCCACCGAGGUGCAUCUCCGGAGCGGACGAGGUGCGAUUGGUGGUCGCUGAUGCGCAGCGGUGGAUGCUGUAUGGCCGGCACGAAAGCCGGGGAAGGGAAUGGUGGGGCACGGUUUUGGUCGGCGGACCGGGCGGGGACGUCAGCGCCGGGUGGAAAGGGUGGAUGAGGGUUGAUUUGGACGAGGAAGAGAUUGAAUUGGGGCUCGGAGGCGGCCUUAUAUCGGCCGAGGAGGCCUUGGCGCGGAGGCAGACGAUGCAGAAAGCCGCGGAUGGGGCGGGAUGGGUCGUGAACUCCGACUGGGGAGGCUUCAGGUUUCGCGAGGAGACCUUACGGUGCGCCAAGGCAUCGGCAAAUGAAGCCCUACAAACGGCAUGCAUGUCACUUCGUAGACCUGAAGUUUGCCAUACAUUCAAAAGGGGCAUGAAGCUUCCACACUUGGGUUUUACGUUGGAGAAUUUUUGA